GUCCCGCCAUAUCACCCCUCCAAAACACUGGUGCUAUGUUUCGAUGGGACAGGAGAUCAGUUCGAUACUGACAACUCAAAUGUAGUCCUCCUGUUCUCCAUGCUGAUGAAAGAUAGGCCCUCAGAGCAACUGGUGUAUUAUCAGGCCGGUAUUGGUACUUAUACUAUUCCCGAAAUCGCCACGCCCAUGUGGGCGAAAUUCUCUGAGACUCUGGACGAAAUGCUUGCAUGGAGCUUGCACGCACAUGUUAUGGGCGGUUACGAAUUUCUGAUGACCAACUACCAGGCGGGAGACAAAAUAUGUCUAUUCGGUUUCUCCAGAGGCGCAUACACAGCACGCGCUCUAGCGGGGAUGAUCCACAAGGUUGGAUUGCUCCCUAAAAGCAAUCAUCAACAGGUCCCAUUUGCCUACAAAAUGUUCACGCGUACAGAUGAGCUCGGGUGGAAGCAAUCUACCGCCUUCAAGAAGGCUUUCUCGAUGGAUGUCCCUAUUGACUUCAUCGGAGUCUGGGAUACUGUUUGCUCUGUGGGACUGAUUCCACACACACUGCCAUUCACGUCGUCGAACAGCGCAAUCCGUGUCUUCCGCCAUGCAUUGUCUCUCGACGAACAUCGUGCGAAGUUCAAGGCCAACCACUAUAAUCGGCCAACAGAUGAUGAAGACGCUCUGGGGACUCAGCCUGGCGAUAUGCCGGCUUCGGGGGACAGAUGGCGCUUUGUCUCGAAAGCCAAGAAAGGCUCGACUGACUGGGAGGCCCAGUUUUCUGCACAAGAAGGGCAUCACGAGGAGACGGACGUGCUCGAGGUCUGGUUUGCAGGCUGCCAUUGCGACGUCGGCGGCGGUUCCGUAUCGAAUGAGAACACACAGAAUCUUGCCCGCAUUCCGUUACGAUGGAUGAUUCGCCAGUGCUUCUUGACCAACACAGGAAUUCGUUUCCACGCUGAGCUGCUCAAGACGAUCGGGCUCGACCCUGCAUCGCUUUAUCCCGUCGUCACGCCUCGCCCGCCUGCAAUUUACUCGAUCCCCAUGGACCAUGUCCGGGACAGCUCUGGCUCAACGCUUGCCGAGCCAGAAUCUGUCGUGAGAAACGAGGAGGAAGAGGACUACAUGGACGCUCUGGAACCUAUCUACGAUGAAUUGAAGCUUGCCCCAGUUUGGUGGAUUCUGGAAGUGAUUCCUCUAGAAUACCGGUACCAGGACGCUAAGCGGCAAUGGCACCGGAGAAUAAGAAUGAACCUGGGUCAUGGACGAAAGGUCCUAGAGCACGAGCCGUUCAAUGUGCACAGAUCGGUUGACAUUCGGCUCAAAGCGAAAGAUUUACCCGGGGGCCCAUACAAACCCAAUGCUAUCUUCACGGAGGAGCAGAGGAAGAAGAUUCAGUGGGUUGACUGAAGCAGGUGUAGUCAAUCAAGUCUGGGCAGUCUUGUGAUGGUCAGCUAUCGAUAUCGUGAAGCUCUGUAUUGU